CUUUUUGCACCCCACGCAUCUUGGAAAGAUCAUUUAGCAAUCAGUUGGGAUUUUCAUCAAUUUCAUGGAAUUGAUAAAAUUAAACAAGCUUUGGAAGUUCAAUCAAAAAAUUUUAAGAUUUCGAAGUUUAAGUUUCAUAGCACAAACGACAAAUUCUAUAAGGAAGGAUUUAGGAUUGCUGCUGUUGCAGGAUCAGAUCCGGUGAUCCAAUAUAUUGAAGUAUUUUUUGAUGCAAAUAAUGUAUUUGGACAAAUCUCAGGUAUGAUAAAGUUGUUAUCAACUACCAAAGGUCUCAAAGCUUAUGGAGUCUAUACCGCCUUAGAGUCAAUUAAUGGAAAUGAGGAAUACUUGGGUGAAAGAAGACCAAAGGGAGUUGAUCAUGGUCAACACGUAAGCAGAACAUCAUGGUUAGAUAAGAGAGAUGAAAGAUUUGUGUGGGGAGAGGACAAACAACCAACAGUACUUAUCAUCGGAGGUGGACAAGGUGGGCUUAAUUUAGCUGCAAGACUUAAGGUUAUGGGGAUUUCUCAUUUAAUUAUUGAGAAAAAUCCUAAAAUUGGUGAUAAUUGGAGAAAUAGGUAUAAAUUUUUGGUAUUACAUGAUCCUGUUUGGUAUGAUCAUAUGGCUUAUAUCAAUUUUCCAGAGACAUGGCCAAUUUUCACACCAAAAGACAAACUCGGUGGUUGGUUUGAAAGUUAUGCCGAAUCUAUGGAAUUAAGUUACUGGACAAACAAGAGUGUUACUGGAUCUUCGUUUGAUGAAACCAGUAAAGAAUGGACAGUGAAAAUUGUUGAUAAUGAAACUGGCGAAGAAGUUCAACUUCAUCCUAAACACUUGGUUAUGGCAACGGGUCAUUCUGGGGAACCCAAUAUUCCACAUUUUAAAGGUGAGGAGAAUUUCAAGGGAGUUAUUGUGCAUUCAUCAAAGUUUAAGAGUGGGAAACCUUUUGCCGGUAAGAAUGCCUUAGUUAUUGGUUGUUGCAAUUCCGGACAUGAUAUUGCCCAUGAUUUAUAUGAACAAGGGGUUAAUGCAACUAUUCUUCAGAGAUCAAGUACUUGUGUGAUCACUUCUGAAAAUGGUUUACGGAUCACAAAUGUAGGUACUUUUGAACAAGAUGGACCACCGGUAGCAAUUGCGGAUAUUAUUGCACACUCAAGUCAUAUUAAACUUCAGAAUUUAAUUCAACAGCAACACUUCAGACAAGCAGUAAAAGAAGAACCAGAAUUUUAUGAAUCACUUGCUAAAGCUGGCUUUAAUCUUGAUGCUGGUUUUGGAUCAACUGGAUUAUUUGGAAAAUACGUUCGAAGAGGUGGAGGUUACUACAUUGAUGUUGGUUGUAGUAAGUUGAUUACUGAAGGGAAAAUUAAAAUCCGACUGGGAGUUGAAAUAGAUAGCUUUGGAGAGAAUAGUGUAACCUUAUCAGAUGGUUCGGUUAUUAAUGAUUUAUCUAUAGUUGUUUUAGCUACAGGAUAUUCCAAUAUGAAAGAUUCAGCCUUCAGAAUUACUGAUGAGAAGGUAGUUAGCAAAUUAAACCCAGUUUGGGGAUUAGAUGAUGAAGGAGAAUUGAAGACUAUUUGGAGACAAUCUGGAUACCCAGGAUUUUGGUUUAUGGGAGGAAACUUAGCUCUUUCUAGAUAUUUCUCCAAGAGAUUAGCUUUACAAAUUAUUGCCUACGAAAAGGGAUUCUUAUAGGUGAAAUAAAGUUUCUAUAUAAAAAGCUUAUUAUGUUAGUCGAUAUUGUGUACUGAAAUUUAGAUCUAACAUUAGACAAGAAUAGUUAAUAAAUGGAUGUGAU